UAUUGGGAUAGUGAUGUCAUUGUCUGUACAAGGAGGGAAGAGGAGUCAGACCCAAUGUGAUUACUGACUGGGGCACAACCACUGUUCCCAUUCAUCCUCUGAAGAGAUCACAACAUUGAGAUGCUUACCUACAGAGAUCUAGGGGUUCUGGUGGCCCCUCUAUUACUCUGUGGAUUCAGUCUCUCCUCAGCCUCUGAAGGUCUGAGUGGAAAAUCAUUGAUUUUCCCCUAUGAGACGGACUACAGCUAUGUCAGACUGACGCCGCAAAAACCCCUAGAACUAAGUGCCUUCACGCUGUGCAUGCGGCUGGCUACGGAGCUGCAGGACGACAGACAGAUUAUCCUCUUCGCCUACCGCACCGGGGACUUUGACGAGCUGAAUGUGUGGCGCGAGAAGGAUGGGCGGAUUUCCUUCUACCUCAGUGGAGACGGGAUAAACUUCAACCUCCCCCCACUCACCACCUUCAAGACAAGUUUGUGCCUCACGUGGGAAUCUAAAACAGGUCUCUCCGCCUUUUGGAUGAACGGCGUACGGAGCGCGAGACAAGUUUAUAAGACCGGGCAUACUAUUCGCGGCAAAGGAACCGUCCUUCUUGGGCAGGACCCUGACAGAUAUCUCGGUGACUACGAAGCCGUUCAGAGUUUUGUCGGUGAAAUUUCAGAUCUUAAUAUGUGGGACUUCGUUCUCACUGAAAGCCAGAUAAAGGCAUUACAUGCUGGUGAACGUGUCCCCAAAGGCAACAUUUUUGACUGGAAUACAAUAACGUACCACGUCAAUGGUAAUGUUUUAAUCGUACCUGAUUGAAUAAUUAAAUAACCAAUUUGUGAACCCACAACAUUUUCAGUUUAAAUAAUUGUUUUUUUUAGCAUAAUAUUUCAGAAUCAAUGCGGCUGUUACCAAUUAUGACGUCUCAUGCUCCAAAUUGAUGUGUCUCAGAACAUAAAUUUUUAAUACAAAUUAAAAUGGUAUAAUUGUAAAUUGUAUUAUUAUUAUUAUUAUUAUUAUUAUUAUUAUUAUUAUUAAGGGGACUUGCAAUGCCUUUAUGCAGGUACUGCAAGAUAUUUAAUGCAAUACCUUUGAAUCUGAAUAAGGAAUCGUUCAAUCUUUUAACUGAAAUAUAGUGUAACAUACAAUGAUCAAAGUAUAUCAAAAUUAACAUAGAAAAUUGUGUCUGAAGUAAUAAUACUCAAAAUAAUUACAGUUAGUUUUAUCCAUACAGCAUUAUUCAUAUUAGCAGAACAACAUAAUGUUGAGCCACUUAAAUAAGGGUCAUAAAAGCAUUAAGCAGAUUUAAAAAAAAAAAAAAACAUUUAAUGAAAGCGUGUACUUGUGUAAUAACAGACUAUUCCUUCCACAUUCAUAUUUUUCAAUAAGCCGUGAAGUUUUUAGAAGAAAUUAUGGAGUGAUGUUAAAAACGGAAAAAGGAGCACAAAGACAUGCAUGAGCAAGGUAUGAACAUAAAGAAUUGAGCUGAAAAGAGAAGCCAAGUUGAGCAGCAGAAUGAGCUCCAACAGUUUGAAGAGCAAUGAAGGAAGGCCAAGAAAAUGUUUGUUCUACAUGAGGAAUCAAAGCUGAAAGUCAAAACUGCCUGGACAAGGACUCUCUGCAAUAAGGGCAUGAAUCCUACAAAUGCUGCAUGAGAAGAAAAAAGCAAACAUGUCAAAGAAGGAAUAUUUUGAGGAUAGGGGGGAGAUAAACUCAGGGUUCUGUACCCUUUAGGUACCUUACCUGAAUUGUUUUAUCAAAAGCACAUAUUAAUACAUGUAUACGCAAUGUCCAUUUUCAAGUUAAAUUCAAUGACUAAUACAUUUGAACAGCAUUUAUUGUUUUGUGUUUAUAUGGCGAAUUAAAUGUAAUAAAGAAGUCGUUCUACAUUAUGCUGAUAUGAUCUGAUAAAUAAUCAUAACGAUCAAAUUAAACUCACAGUGCUACAGAUUUGUGCAUGGAAAUAGGGUAAUUGUGAAAGGGUCAGUGAAAUAAGGAUUGUUCAUUUUUCUACCACAAGAUGGCAGUAAAUGAUUGUUACCAAUUAAAAGAAUGGAAUUAUUAAAUAA